AUGUCGAUGACCAAUAUGAUAAAUCAUUCGAAUCAGGAAUCUAGUAUUUGCCCCGCCAACGGCCGUCAAACCGUUGGAGAUGGGGCUUUCUACACCGACAUGACUCCUAGCGUGCUUGCAGUGUGCCACAUGCAAGGCAACAACUCGCGGUACUAUUACUCUACCACGUUCUCUGGCGGGCCCGGGGUAAGGUCGUCAGACUGGGUGACAGACAGUCUGGCGCUAACUUUCCCUUCCUCUCCAUCUUCCGACACUGUAUCCACGCUAUCGUCUUGCGGGACCGAUAGCCUCGCUAACUCCAUCGUCUACCCUCCCACGCCCCCUCCCGAUGAUUCCCUUAGCCUCCCAAUCACUCCUUCCGACACGCCCGGCGCGCCGCUUCCCAGUGCGCCGCGCGCCAUCGUCGGUAAGAACGCUCGCGCUCACUUCCCCGAUAUCGCAACGCCUCCGCUUACGCCUGACGAUGCCGAGGAGGGCGAGGGUAGCAUCGCAGCCAUCAGCGCGAAGCAGCACGACGCGGCGCUCGAUUUCUUGUCCGCAUUGUUCCCGCGGAACGCACUCGGUGCGCUGCCGUACGCCAAGAGCGUAUCGAUCUCUGCUCCCAAUCUGGGCGGCACCUUCGACGGUGUUGUGCUCGAAUUGCCUGGAAAGCCGAAGACGUUGUAUGUAGAUGGCAAGAGCGCCGCCAGCGUCAACCUCAGAGAGAGCAUCGUGGCCUUGCUUGAUCUUGCAGACGAGAGUCUGCAAUGCUCUGCCUUGGUCAUUGCUCUCGAACGCUCGUCGCCUUCCCUUGGCGACCUCCUUCACUCGCUCAUGUACGUUGGAGGCGCCGUCGUCACUAAACCGCCUUUCCAGGCCGAUCAGUCUUACGUUCUUGUUGGGUUGGAAAUCUAA